CAAAGAAGAUGAAGCCUCUGAUUCGCCGUCUCUCGAGAAUCGCCGACUCAUCAUCCUGCAACCGAGCUCGCAGCGGCGACAUCCACCAUCCGAAGUCCGUUUUCUUGGUGAAGCGAGCAACCGUGGACUCGAGUGUUCCAUCCGGCCACGUACCCGUGAACGUUGGCGAAGAGAAGGAGCGGUUCGUGGUGAGUGCGGAGCUGCUGAACCACCCUGUUUUCGUGGGAUUGCUGAACCGAUCAGCUCAGGAAUACGGAUACGCGCAGAAAGGAGUUCUUCAUAUCCCUUGUAACGUCUUCGUGUUCGAGCAAGUUGUGGAGUCUCUCCAGUCUGGUGUGUUUGAUGAUACAUCGGAGCUCAUUGCGUCGCUGUGCCGUGAAGAUUUAUCUACAGAAACAGAGUAGUAGACAUGUUUUUGUGUUCUGUUUGUUUUUCUAUUUAUUUUUUUUUUCUUCGAUCUUCUCUUCUUUUUUAUUUGACUGAUCGGAGAA